UUAUCAAAGAAUGUCAUAUAUCUGAGCAAGGAACUCUAGCUCUCGAACUUCUGCAGAACAAGUAUCCAUAUAUGAACAUUACAUGGCUGUCUCUCUCACUCGUUCAUCCUUCUUUAAGCACAAAGAUUUAACACUAAGAGCUCAUCAGAAAAUUCCCACCACUGUUCUUUUGCUUCAAAUGUGUCAAAGCCUGCAAGAAGUAAAACAACUUCAUGCCCAGUUCAUUGUGACAGGACUCCUUGGCCACCCUUUGAAUUCUGGGAGACUCCUUGAGUCAUAUGUUAAGAUUUCUCAUAAAGACUAUGCUAUAUCUGUCUUUGAAAGUAUACCUUCUCCUGAUAUUUUUGCUUUCAACACUGCCAUAAGAGGCCUGACUCUGUGUAAUCUCCCACAUAGUGCUCUGUUGCUUUAUAAUACACUGCUUCUAGAGGGUCAAAUCCCAGAUGGUUAUACUUACACUUUUGUGCUCAAAGCUUGUUCGUAUUUGGAAGCUGUGUGUGAAGGUGAACAAGUACAUUGCCAGAUUAUUAAGUCUGGAAUAUCAACUAGCACUCACAUUAAUAGCUCUCUGAUACACAUGUACACUACUGCUAAUAGGUUUUCUUGUGCAGAGCUUAUUCUUGCUGGGAUCUCAGAGGUGGAAACGCCUCCUUUGAACUCAAUGAUUUCUGGGUAUCUAAGGCAUGGACAUGUUAAAGAAGCUAGAGAGUUGUUUGAUAGAAUAGAAACAAGAGAUGUUGCUUCUUGGAAUGCAAUGAUUUCUGGGUACACAAAGAAUGGCCUACAUGCUAAGGCUUUAGACUUGUUUCAGGAAAUGAUGGCAUCCCAGGAUCCUCCUAUUGCUCCUGAUGAAUCAACCCUUGUGAGCUCAUUAUCUGCCAUUACCCAUCUGGAAACACUGGAUCAAGGAAGAUGGGUGCACAUGUAUAUAAAAAGAAAUGGGUUUAAGAUAAGCAACACUCUUGGUGCUGCUCUUAUUGACAUGUAUGCAAAGUGUGGCUGCAUUGAAGGUGCCUAUGAAGUGUUUGAGGAAAUACCUAAAAGAGAUAUAGUCACUUGGGGAGCCAUCAUAUCUGCUUUUGCUAUUCAUGGCCAAGUCCAGAAAUGCUUCGAACUCUUCCACGAGAUGAUUGUGGAAGGAACUCAUCCAAAUGAAGUGAUCUUUGUGUCGAUCUUAUCUGCUUGUUCUCAUGCAGGAUAUGUUGACAUGGGAUACCACUAUUUCAACAAAAUGGUUCAUGAUUUCAGAAUCAAACCUUCAGUUGAACAUUAUGGAUGCAUGGUGGACCUCCUAGGUCGUGCUGGAAAAUUAGCAGAGGCCGAAGGGUUCAUCGAAUCAAUGCCAGAGAAGCCCAACUCAAUUAUAUGGGGCACAUUCCUUAAUGCUUGUAGGAUGCACACUGAUGCAAGAAGAGGGAAUAAGGCACUAAGACAAUUAAUGAAUCUUGAGCCAAAUUCUGGUGAUAGAUAUAAAUUAGCAGGGAUCAUGUUUGAUAGUGCAGGAGAGAAGGAAUGUGCACAGAAAGUGAGGAAAUUUAUGAAGGAUUUUAAUUUGAAAGGUACAAGUGGGUUGAGUUCCGUUGAAGUUGAGGGGGAGUUUCAUGAGUUCAUGGCGGGGGACGCUGGCCAUGAUGAGGUUAGAGAGAUUUAUACCAUAUGGGAUGGAUUGACAGAAUGCUAAAACAGAUGGCCUAGCUAAAAAGUUAUGGGAAUGAUAGGAACAGAAUUACAGUGAGUCUGUGACAUGGGCAUUGUUCAUGGAUUGUAAAUAAUACAGCUUCGUAACUUUUUUUUCUAAGAUAUGUUGAUCGAUUGAUUGUAAGCAUAGUAAAGAUGAAUCUUACUAAAAUGAGUCCUUUAAAAUGUAAAAUUUAUUAAGAAGAAGGGGGAUGA